AUGGUAUUUGAAGGAUUAGUAUCAGAUGUUUUAUCAAGAGUACUUGGUGAAUAUGUAAAGAAUUUAAAUAAAGAUCAAUUAAAGAUUGGUAUAUUUGGAGGUAGUGUACAACUUCAAAAUUUAGAAUUAAAAGAGGAUGCUCUGGCGAAUCUACCAAUAAAUUUACCCAUUACAGUGAAGAAGGGUUUUCUUGGUAAAUUAGAUCUCAAAGUACCUUGGAAAGAUUUAAAAUCUAAACCUGUAAUUAUCAAUAUCGAUUGUAUCUAUGCAUUGGCAGUACCACAAACACAAAACUAUAAAUACGAUGAAAAAGAAGAAGCAAAGAAACAAGCAGAAUUAAAGAAAAAGAAAUUAGAAAAUUAUGAAUGGAUUAAAUCAAUUAAAGAUGCUGAAGAGAAUGAAAUCUCUUCAUUACAAUCCGAAAAAUCAGAUUCAUUCACUGAUCGUUUAGUUACAAAAAUUAUUGAUAAUUUACAAAUUGUAAUUAAUAAAGUUCAUAUUAGAUUUGAAAAUAAAAAUGAUAUUGGUAAAUUAUAUGCACUUGGUAUAACAUUAGAUAAAUUAUCAAUUCAAUCAACCGAUGAAUUUUGGAUACCAUCAUUUGUUGAUAGUUCAAAAUCAAAGUUUAUAAAAAAGUUAGCAUUAAUGGAUUCAUUAGGUUUUUAUAUUGAUGAUAAUGCAGAUUCACUUCAAAAUUUAAAACUUGAUGAAUUUACAAAAGCAUUUACAAGUUUAAUUCCAUCAUCUGCUUCAUUCUCUUUAUUAUCAAAAUAUAUUAUUAAACCAAUUUCUUCACAAUUAAAAUUAAAUAUUAAUAAAAGUGAUAUUAUUGAAAAAUCAAUACCAAAAAUAUUGGUUGAAUGUGUAAUGUCACAAAUUACAUGUACAUUAUCAUCAGGUCAAUAUCAAAAUAUUUUAAGUAUAUUAAAUUUUACAAAUGAAUAUUUAAGAGAUAUAAAGUAUUUAAAGUUUAGACCUAUUGUAAAGGUAUCAGAGAAUCCAAAAUUAUGGUGGAGAUAUGUUGGUCAAGUUAUUGUUGAACAAAUUAGAGAAAAGAGAUUUAGUAGAUCAUGGGAAUUUAUAGCACAAAGACGUCGCGCAAGAUUAGCAUACAUUCCAUUAUUCAAAAGAAAUAUACCAAAGGUUGAUUGGUUACAACCAUUGAAUAAACAUGAAUUGGAACAAUUGAAUCAAUUGGAAGAGCGUUUAUCAUUUGAAGAUAUAGUUUACUUUAGAUCAUUGGCCUAUGCAGAGAUUAAAAAAGAGACAGAGAAAAAUAAGAUACGUAAACAAUUUCUCGAUUCAAAACGUCAAGAACGUGGUUUCUUUCAAAAUAUUUUCAAUACUAAAAAGGAUGAAGAUGAAAAAGCUGCACCAAAAAUUCAAUUAUCAAGUGAAGAACGUGAUGAACUCUAUAAAACCAUUGAAUAUAAUGAUGUGGUUUCCGCAAGUGAAGAACCACCAGAUUGGGUAAAGAUUAUUGGUAAUUUUGAAAUCAAAGGUUUUGCAAUUCAAUUGGUAGAGGCGAAUCAAGUUUUCAUUGAAGCAUUGUACACUGGUUUAUCUUUGAAAUUCGAACAACGUAAUGAAGGUAUUAAAGUGAUGGCUGGUAUUCAUUUGUUUGAAGUUUACGAUCAAUUCACUAAACGUACUCAUUUCCCAAAGAUUAUUGCAAGUGUACCAACCAAAGGUACUGGAACCUUUGCUAGUGUCAUUGUUGAUACUCGUCCACCCGAUAAAAAUUUAGAUCUCUCUGUAGAGUUAAAUAUGGAUCCAUUGAAUAUCAUUGUCACCAAACCAUUAAUUAUGAAAGUUGUAGACUUUUUCCAUGACCCAAAUUUAGAUAUUACCAAUAUUUCCAAUAGAGCUGGUGCUCAUUUAGAAGACAUUAAAGAACAAGCGAAAAUGCAACUACAAGAUGCUAUUGAUAAUCACAAGGUUUUAGGUUUAGCUGUUAACAUUCAUGCUCCAGUCAUUUUCAUACCAGAGGAUGUAAUUAAUGAACGUUCAAAUAUUUUAAUUGUAGAUUUAGGUAAAUUGGUCGUACGUUCUGAUACUUCAGCAUUCGUUAAAGGUAGCAAUAAAUUGGCAGGUAGCACUAGUGAAAUUGAUCUCUACGAUAAGUUUAAUGUAUCAUUUGAAUCGAUUCAAGUUUUAUUAUCAGACGAUUUAAAGUCUGCAAUUAGUACUGGUGAUAAAAAACCACCAACUAUUGGUGGUGUCAAUGAUAAACAAGGUCAUCCUCUAAAACAUCAUAACUCAAUCAUUAAAAAAUUCGAUAUUCAAUUGAAAAUCUUUUCAUCAAUUCAACAAAAUAACCUAACAAUGACAAAAUUAAAAAUUAAAGGUGAAUUACCAAAAUUCGAUUUCUAUUUAUCUGAUAAGAAAUUCAAACAAUUGUUAACUAUUUUAAAUGCCAUCACUGCAGAUAUACCAGUUACUAGUGGUAAACCAAAAGCAACCAUAACACCAAUUAAUGAUUCAAAUUCACCUUCUUCAGUUUCACCAAAAUUAAUUUCAACUUCACCACAUUCUUUUUCUUCCUCUUCUGCACCUGUUGAUGUUAAUUCAUCAAAUGAUUUAAAGAAAUCAAAAGAAAACAUUGAAUUACUAUUGAAUGCAAAAUUAGUUGAAGCUGAAUUUGAAAUUAAAUCAAUUAGUUUAACUUUAUCAAAUAAUCAAUCCGAUUUAAUUAGAGUGGUUUUCUCUGAUAUUAAUGUUGGUUUCCAACAACGUACUUUUGAUAUGUCUGGUACAUUUAAACUAUCAUCAUUAGAGAUUGAAGAUUGUUUCACAAAGAAUACUUUAAAUAAAUUGGCAACUUCAAAUCCACCACAUGCAGAUCGUUCAUUGGGUAAGGAUAGUUUGGUUCAAAUGCAUUUCAAACAAAUUCAAACAGCUUCACCAGAAUUUAAUAAAAUAGAUAUGUCCAUCGAUUUAAAGAUUCAUUCUUUUUAUUUGGUUAUUAAUCCAUCAACCAUUUAUCAAUUAUUAAAAUUAGCAAAAUCAUUACAAAAAGAUCCUGAAAAUAUUGAUCAAAUUAGUAAAGCUUAUCCAAGACUAUUAAGUAGAAAUAAAGUGGUACCAAUUAAUUCAUCUGAAGGUGGUGGUACAGCAGCAACCUCACCUAAUGCUCACUUAUCAUCACCAAAUCAACAAUCACCAAAUCAACAAUCACCAAAUCAACAAUCACCACAAAUCGUUUCAAGAAAGAUUAUUACAGGUACAGGUAGUAAUAGUAAACCAGUUGGUCCUGAUGAAAAAGUGGUUUCAAGUAAAACUGCAUCUGGUACCACUACAAGAAGAGUUAUCAUUCGUUCAGUUCGUCAUGUACCAAAAAAGAAAGGUCCAACUGAAUUUGUUUCAAUGAAAUUUAGUGUUCAUAUCAAUAGUUUAGGUUUAGCAUUAAAUCAAGAUAAUAAUGAAUUAUUGGGUAUCUUUACAAUUAAUAAUGUUUCAACCGAUGUUUCAAUGUUUAAAGAUAAUCGUAUGUUGGUUCAAGGUAGAUUGGGUUCAAUCAUUUUGGAUGAUUUAACUCCAACCAUUUCAAACUAUAAACAAAUUAUCAUUCCAAAGAAUACAUCUGGUGAUAUGUUAGACUUUAAAUAUGAAACUUUCUCAAUGACUCUAUCAAAUUAUGCAGGUUAUGAUGCUUCAGUUAAUGCAAAUGUUAAAUCAAUCUUAUUCAAUGCAAAUGUUGGUUUCUUAAUUCAUCUUCAAAAUUAUUUUUUAGGUGGUAUGUUAGAUCCAAUUUUAAAACAAGAUGAUAGCAAUAAUAAUAAUAAAUCAAUUGAAAAAUCAAAAUCAAUUGAUUCAAAAUUAAAUGAACAACAAUCUUCAUCAUCAUCAACAUCAACACCAAGAUCUGAUGAUAAUCAUGAAAAGAGUGAAAGAGAAUUAGAUCUUGAAAAGAAUAAAAAAUUAUUAACAUCACUUCAACAAAAUACAAAUAAACAUAUACCAAAGAUGAAAUUAGAUAUUGUUGUUGAAACACCAGUUUUAGUUAUACCACAAGCAACUAGAUCAAAGAAUUCUUUAAUUAUGGAGUUGGGUAAAAUCAUUAUUUCAAAUGGUUGGCAAUAUCAUGAUAAGACAAUGGCACCAAUGGAAAAUAUGAAAAUUCAUUUACAAGAUGCAAAUAUCACCAUUUUAUCCGAUAAUAGAUCAAGUUACUUCUUGGAGAAGUUAACAAUUGAUUUAGGUAUCUCAAAAUUCUUGGUACCAAAUACUGAUCCAGAAGUUGAGGAUCAAACUAUUGAUUUAUCAAUUUCUCAUUUCGCUUUCUAUUUGGAUGAAAAUCAAUAUCGUUUCUUUUUGGGUUUAAGUCAAAAUGUACAAAAAGAAUUGGAUCUUGCAAAUAAAGAGGUUCAAGAAAUUAAAAAACUUUCAAAUAUGGGUGAUCCUUUUGAAAUGGGUCGUAUUACUUCUAAUGAUAUGCAAUAUUUCACAGAACAAGAGGUUAUUCAAAAAAUGGGUAAAGUUUUAUUACGUAUUCAUUUGGUAUUGGACUAUGUUAGUUUCAAGAUUAGUUCAUUGGAUGCUCAAGGUGAAAUAGCUCAUUUCAUCGUUCGUGGCAUUGAUGUCGAUGUAAAGAAUACCGAUAAGAAUAAAACAAACAUUCAAUUAAGUAUGAAAUCAAUUUUACUCUCUGAUACUCGUUCAAAUUCAACCAAUAUCUUUAAGAACCUCUUAGAGAAUAAAGUAAACACUGAAUCAGUUGCACCAUUCCUUCAAGUUGGUUAUAUUCGUGAUAAUCUUUUGGGUGAUCAAUAUAUUAAUGUCAAUAUUAAUAACACUUGUUUAUUCCUUUCGCCAACUCCUCUCUUAAUGAUUUCUGAAUUCUUUAUGGUACCAUUAUCAGAACAACAUGAUACAAAUAAUAUGGAUGUUGAUUUAGAUUUAGAUUUGGAAAGUUUAGAAAGUGAAUUAAAUUCAUUAAUGGAUCCAUCAAUUGAAAAAGAUGAUAAUGAUCUUCAACAACAACAACAACAAUCAUCAUCAUCAUCAUUUAUUCCAUCUCAACAACAACAACAACAAAAAGUAAGAUCACAAUCAAUUAUUGGUCAAAAUAGAAGUAGAACUUCAUCAAUUGGUGGUAAAGAAUCUAAAACAAUUUCAUCAUCAAUAUCAAAUAAUUCAUUAUCAUCAUAUCCACAAGAAGCAGGUAUGGAAGAUGAAGAAGAGAAAGAAAUAUUUAGAUCACCAACCAUUACAUUCACAGCAACUUUAGUACCAUCAGUUACAUUGGUUGAAGAUGAAACAUUAUCAACUACAAGAUGUUUAAUGUUGAAAACUCGUGUUGGUGUACAAUUCCGUAGAGAUCCACAUGGUAUUGAAAAUGCUACAGUUGUCAUUGAAAAUACUAAAGUUAACAUUUAUAAACCAUCUUCAACAGAAUCUGAAAAUCAAGGUUCAAGACCAAUUCAAAUUUUGAAACCAAUUGAAAUGAUCACCAUUAAAUAUAUUAAAGAGAAUUUAACUUCAACCGAGUGGAAACAAGAUAUUGGUAUCUCUUGUACCGCUAUGAAAGUUUUCUUCUCUUAUGAUGAUGUAAAAGCAAUCUUAAAGAUUUUAAAUAAUAUUACAACAAAUCUACAAAAACAACAAGAACAACAAAAGAAGAGACAAUUAUCAUUUGAUAAUAUGGCUUCAAGUUCAACUUCAUUACCAUCAUUAAAUAAAUCAACAAAUUCAUUCCAAACUUCAACAUCUGGUAAUAGUAAUAGUGGUAAAAAAGAUGAAGAAUUAUUUACAAAUAAUGAAAAAUUAAGAUUCUCAUGUCCAAAUGUUAGUGUUUUAUUUAUUAAUGAAUCACCAGAAAUGUAUAUACCAAUUAUAGAAUUAUUCUUUGCAGAUAUUGAAGCAAGUGCAAUGAAUUGGAGCACAGAUUUAGAAUCAAAGGCUUCAAUGUCAAUUAAAGGUGAUUAUUUCAAUGAAACUAAUAUGAAAUUUGAACCAGUUAUUGAAGAUUGGAGUUUCUCUGUCGAUUUGAAAAAGAAUCGUACCGGUAAGAUUAAAGGUAGUUUCUUGGCAACUCGUGAAUUAUUAAAUAUCAAUGUCUCACAUUCAUUACUUCAAACUAUUAGUAGUGCAAUGAUUCAUGUGGAGAAAAUUGAUCAAAUGGAUGCAGCAAACUUAAGUUCAUCAUUGAAUGCAUCAAAUUUAACAACUUCAACAGGUAGUAAUAAUAGUAGUACCAGUGGUAGCGGUUUAGUUCAAUCAUUUAAUGGACCAAGUGUUUUAAAUAAAUAUUUACCAGGUGGUGAAAAGAAUGAUAGUAAAAUUUCAUUCCAUUCUCAUUGGAUUUCAAAUCAAACUGGUGUAACAUUAGAAUAUCAUAUUCCAAAGGUUGAUAGUGAAAUGUUCCAAUUGACAGAAUCAUCGGAACCAGUAUCAUUACCAAUGAAAAUUUCAAAGAGUAGAGAUGCAACAAUGGGUGAACAUUUGAAUAUAGAAUUAUUUAUUCAAGGCUCAAAGAUUUCAAAUCUAUCAAUGGAUGCAGUUGGUUAUAGAAUCUAUAGAAUUGGUUCAACCAAUGAAUUCAUCACUUGUGAAGUACGUUUACGUCCUGAUGGCAGUAAAUGUUGUUACAUUAAAUCAAUGGAUCAAUUUGAAAAUAAUACAUCAUUAAAUUUGGAAUUGAAAUGUCAAGAGAAUGGUUCACCCUUUUCAAUCGCUAAACAUUCUAAAUUCUCUUUACCAAUUUUAGUCUCAAAGGAUCUUUGCAAGUUUUGGAUAAAGUUAGAGAAUUCACCAUAUUGGUCCGAUCCAAUCGAUAUUUACAAAUUACCAGAUCAUGAAAAUAGUAAACUCUUUAAACUUCAAACAGUGGAUAAAGUUGGUAUGUUUGUAUCAUUGGUUCAUAAAACCAUUGCCAAUAGAAAUUGUGAUCGUUUCAAUAAUACCUUUAAAUUCUUCCCACCCAUUCAAAUUGAAAACAUUUUACCAUAUCCAUUUAAACUCUCAAUCCCAGGUACAACCAUUGAUAAGGUUAACAUGGGAUCAGGUGAGAAAAUCGAUUGUCAUUACUAUCAACCAGGUUCAAAUUUAGUGGCGAUCGUAAGUGAAUUAGAGAAUUUCCCAGAAACUAAACAUACCUUGGUAUCAGGUGAUGCAACCUCUCCAACUUUUACAAAAACAUUCAAACUUCAACAAAACAAUCGUGAAAUUUCAUUGGAUAUUGAACGUACCGAAUUGAUUAAAGGCGUUCGUACUCUAUCAUUUUAUUGUCAAUAUUGGUUAGUCAAUAAUUCCCUCUUACCAAUUGAAGUCAAGUUAUCCGAUAAUCAAGUACUAUUGGUACCACCCAAUUUACCAGAUCAAUUACCACGACCACCAGUGCUCUAUAGUAACAACACAAUUCGUGCUCGUAUUCCAUUACAAGCUGAACAACCAAUGAAUAAGAGUUUCUGUGAGAAAUUCCCAAUCUCUGCAGUUGGUAAUCCAAAUACUAUCUUUUUAACAAACCCAACUCGUACUUAUGAACUCUCAUACAAAGUUGAUUUCUGUCCAAAUGAAAGAUUCCGUCUCUCUAAAACCGUCACUUUUGUACCAAAGAAUGUAAUUUGCAAUGAUUUACCAUUCCCAAUUCUAGUUGCUCAAUGUGUUAGUACUAUCGAUGGUAUCGAUAAGAUGGCACUCAAUUUCAGUGGUAGUGGUUUGAGUAGUAGUUCAGGUAGUAAUGGUAAAGGUGUUUCAAAUCCUGUUAGAUUACUAGGUGAACUAAGAUUAGAUCCUGGUGAAUAUAAACCAUUCCAUUGGGAAGAGAAUGUUGAAAAUAAAAAGAUUUCAAUUAGACCAAUUACCAAUGAAAAGAAUCCUCAAGAAUGGCGUUGGUCAGGUGGUUUCUUUGUUGAUUCCAUUAGUGAUUACGUUGUAAAGAGUAGAAAUACCGAACGUCCUGAUCACGAUUCUCUCUUAUUCCAUGUGAAUAUCAAAGAGAAACAAGGUACUCAUUUCAUUAGAAUUCCACUUUCAAGUAAAGAAAGUCCACCUUAUAUCAUUCAAAAUGAUACUCAAUUCAAAAUCUCAUUCUUCCAACGUGAUUCACCAGAGAAUAUCGAUUAUAUUGAACCAAAAGAAAAGCUUUGCUAUGGUUGGGAUGAACCAUCUGCAGAAUAUGUUCUCUCUGUCGCUGUAGAGGGUAAAACAUUGAAAAAGCGUAUCAAUGUCAAUAAGAUUAAAGGUUAUAAACUUCAACAUGAACGUACUGAUCUCUACAUUACAAUUACAAUCGAUGGUCCAUCUCGUGUAUUACUCUUCUCUACCAAUGAAAAGAAAUUCCGUUCAAUUAAAGCUUGGACCGAUAAUAAAGCUGUCAAUUUAUCACAAUCACAGAGUGAAUAUCAUUUCAAUAUUCGUUGCUCUGGUAUUGGUUGUUCAAUUAUCGAUAAGACACCAAAGGAAUUGGCUUACAUUUCAAUGAAAGAUUUCCUUAUCAUUGCAACUCAAAGUUCAAUUGAAAAUACGGUUGAGGUUAAAUUAGCAGAGUUACAAAUUGAUAAUCAAUUGAUUAAAACAGAUUUCCCUGUACUCAUUCAUACAGUUUCACCAGAUAAAGAACAUAGAAAAGACUUUUUACAUGCUGUUAUCAUUAAAUCUACCAUUGAUAAUAUUGAUUACUUUAGAUACUUUUCAACUUUAAUUCAAGAGAUGACAAUUGAACUCGAAGAUCAUUGGAUUAAAGAAGUUUUAGAUUUCGUUGAUUCAAUUCCAUCAUUUGGUCGUGGAAAUAAUGCUUCAAAUAAUAAUAAUAAUAAUGGAAUGACAAGUAGUCAAAUGAGACAAAGUGGUAGUGGUCUUGAUAGUUUAACAUCAACACUAUAUAAUGCUGUCUCAAUUGAACCACCAACUUCAGAUUCUUCAACAAUUAAAAUGGUUUAUUUCGCAUUAUUAGUUUUGAAUCCAAUAAAGAUCAAUUUAACUUUAGCUCUCCAAAAUGAUGGUUUAAUUAAAUCCAAUCAUAAGAUUUUAUCAUUGGUUGAAGGUUUAGGUUUAUCAUUGACAAGAUUAGAUCGUGCACCAAUUACAUUACAAGGUUUAUUAAUGGAACAUCCAUUCACUUCAAGAUCAACUAUCAUUGAUAAGAUUAAAACAUCAUACAUUCAACAAGCUCUCAGACAAUUUUAUAACAUUUUAGGUUCUGUCGAUUUCCUUGGUAAUCCUGUUGGUUUGUUUAGAAAUUUCGGUACUGGUGUUCAUGACUUUUUCGUAGAGCCAGCUCAAGGUUUAGUUAAAUCACCAGCAGACUUCACUAAAGGUUUAGCAAAAGGUACAAGUAGUUUUGUAAAGAACUCUGUAUUUGGUACUUUCAAUACUUUGUCAAAGUUAACCGGUACUUUGGGUACUGGUGUUGCAACUCUUUCAUUUGAUGAAAAAUAUCUUCAAGAAAGAAAAUUACAUCAAGCUCGUAAACCUUCCCAUGUUGGUGAAGGUUUAGCAAUGGGUGGUAUUGGUUUGGGUCGUGGUAUUCUUCAAGGUAUUACAGGUAUCGUUACAAAACCAGUUGAAGGUGCAAAGAAAGGUGGUUUCGCAGGUUUUGCCAAAGGUUUAGCUCAAGGUGUUGUAGGUGUUGCAGUUAAACCAACUACCGCCGUAAUCGAUUUAGCAACUAAAACAACCGAAGGUAUUAAAAACACUACAAAUCUUCAAAGUCAAGCAGAACGUGUUCGUCCUCCAAGAUGCUUUUCUCAUGAUAACGUUUUACGUCCAUUCGAUGAAGUUGAAAGUGAAGGUUGGUUCCUUUUGAAAACCGCUCACAAAGGUAAACAUGCUUCUGAUAGUUACAUUUGGCAUCAUAUCAUCAAUCAAGAAUGUACCAUCAUCAUCUCUGAUCAUAGAAUUAUCUUAUCAAAAUCUAAAAAGAAUUUCUUACAUAGUUCUUUCCUCUUCCAAAUUCCUUUCAAAUUCAUUAAAUCAAAUGAAAUGGUAGAUGAUGGUGUUCUUUUAGAAUUUGACCCACCUCAAAAUCUUGGUUUAUUAGAUCGCGAUGUUAAAUCUAAAGUAAUUCCAGUCGAUGAUCCUAAUGUAAACAUGUUAUUAAAUAUGAAAUUAUCUCAUGCUUUGAAAAAAUUCCAUGAUAAUAAUCCAAAUUUAUCAAAUUCUUCCUCUAUUAAAUAUUAG